UAAAAACCUGAAAACCCAGGUCGCAUACCUUUCUCACUCUACACUCGCUUCGAUCCUGUUCGAAGGAGAUCGACGAGAAAAACCCUUUUCCCUCUUCGGAUAACCUCGAAAACUUCAAGCGCUGCAGUUUCUACCCAUUGAUGAGGAGAUCCGUAGUAACAUUGAAUCUAGCUUAAGCGAAUUAUUUCAGCUAGGGUUUUAAGUUUUUGCUCGUUGUAAACAUGUACAACAGCGGGCAGGAUAUGUGGGGAAACAAUAUGAGUAAUCCGGCGCCUCCGGGGACGAGCGGAAGUGGAGCCAUGCCUCCGAUGAUGGCUCCGCCCGGGACCAGCGGAGCACAGCCUGUUCUGCCGCCGGUGCCGUCUUCGCAGCCGUCCUACACUGUUGUUCCGACCGAGUCUCAGCUGGACGAGAGGGCGAGGAAGUGGAUGCAGCUCAACAGUAAGCGUUACAGUGAUAAACGGAAGUUUGGAUUCGUUGAGACGCAGAAGGAGGACAUGCCUCCAGAACAUGUCAGAAAAAUCAUUAGGGAUCAUGGUGACAUGUCAUCGAAGAAAUAUCGCCAUGAUAAGCGUGUGUAUUUAGGAGCUCUCAAGUUUGUACCUCAUGCUGUAUACAAACUUCUUGAGAAUAUGCCAAUGCCUUGGGAGCAGGUUCGUGAAGUGAAGGUUCUGUACCAUAUUACUGGGGCUAUUACUUUUGUCAAUGAGAUUCCAUGGGUUGUUGAACCUAUCUAUUUGGCUCAGUGGGGUACCAUGUGGAUUAUGAUGAGAAGAGAGAAGAGAGAUCGUCGUCAUUUCAAGAGAAUGCGUUUUCCACCAUUUGAUGAUGAGGAGCCUCCACUAGAUUAUGCUGAUAACCUCCUAGAUGUGGAUCCUUUAGAGCCAAUUCAGUUGGAACUGGAUGAAGAAGAGGAUUCAGCUGUCUACACUUGGUUCUAUGAUCAUAAACCACUUGUGAGGACAAAGCUAAUUAAUGGGCCUAGUUACCGGAAAUGGCAUCUCUCCCUCCCGAUUAUGGCUACACUUCACCGACUUGCCGGGCAAUUGCUUUCAGAUCUAAUUGAUCGCAAUUACUUUUACCUAUUUGACAUGGAGUCAUUCUUCACUGCCAAAGCUCUCAACAUGUGCAUCCCUGGCGGUCCUAAGUUUGAGCCUCUGUAUCGUGACAUGGAGAAAGGAGAUGAGGACUGGAAUGAAUUUAAUGACAUAAAUAAACUGAUCAUCCGCUCGCCUUUGAGGACUGAGUACAGGAUUGCAUUCCCCCAUCUUUAUAAUAAUAGGCCAAGGAAAGUAAAGCUUAGCAUCUAUCACACUCCUAUGGUGAUGUACAUUAAAACGGAGGACCCUGACUUGCCUGCGUUCUAUUACGAUCCAUUGAUUCACCCCAUAACAAGUACAAACAAGGAUAGGCGGGAUAAGAAGAUUUAUGAAGAAGAUGAUGAAGAUGAUUUUGUCUUGCCGGAGGGAGUUGAACCAUUACUAACAAGCACUCCUAUAUAUACUGACACUACUGCCGCAGGGAUUUCAUUAUUGUUUGCCCCGCGGCCCUUCAACAUGCGAUCUGGUCGCACGAGGCGUGCUGAAGAUAUACCUCUGGUGUCUGAGUGGUACAAGGAGCACUGUCCUCCAUCAUACCCUGUCAAAGUUCGCGUCAGUUACCAGAAACUUUUGAAGUGCUUUGUGUUGAAUGAACUCCAUCACAGACCUCCCAAGGCUCAGAAGAAGAGACACCUCUUCAGAUCUCUCCAAGCUACAAAGUUUUUCCAGACCACUGAACUUGAUUGGGCUGAAGCAGGUCUGCAAGUCUGUAAGCAAGGGUACAAUAUGCUGAACCUGCUGAUCCAUAGAAAAAAUUUGAAUUAUCUCCACCUCGACUACAAUUUUAACUUGAAACCUGUGAAGACCCUUACCACUAAGGAACGAAAAAAAUCACGAUUCGGUAAUGCCUUCCACCUUUGCCGUGAAAUUCUGCGUCUGACGAAGCUUGUCGUUGAUGCAAAUAUCCAGUUUCGGUUGGGGAAUGUAGAUGCAUUUCAGUUGGCUGAUGGGUUGCAGUACAUCUUUUCACAUGUUGGCCAGUUAACGGGUAUGUACCGAUACAAGUACAGAUUGAUGCGGCAGAUUCGAAUGUGCAAAGAUUUGAAGCAUUUAAUUUAUUAUCGUUUUAAUACUGGGCCCGUGGGCAAGGGUCCUGGAUGUGGCUUUUGGGCACCUAUGUGGAGAGUGUGGUUGUUUUUCCUUCGUGGCAUAGUUCCUCUCCUGGAAAGGUGGCUGGGGAAUUUGCUGGCGAGGCAAUUUGAAGGACGCCAUUCCAAAGGAGUUGCUAAAACAGUGACAAAACAACGCGUUGAAAGCCACUUUGAUUUGGAGCUUCAGGGUAUCAAAGCAAACAAAGCAAGAACAAUUUUGCAGCAUUUGAGUGAAGCAUGGCGUUGCUGGAAAGCCAAUAUUCCUUGGAAGGUACCUGGUUUACCAGUUCCAAUUGAGAACAUGAUACUUCGUUAUGUCAAAUCGAAAGCAGACUGGUGGACAAAUGUUGCGCAUUAUAACAGGGAACGUAUUAGAAGGGGAGCCACAGUAGACAAGACCGUAUGCCGAAAGAAUCUUGGAAGAUUGACCCGUCUUUGGUUGAAGGCCGAACAGGAACGCCAGCACAACUACUUGAAAGAUGGUCCUUAUGUGACACCAGAAGAAGCGGUGGCCAUUUACACAACAACUGUUCAUUGGCUGGAAUCUAGAAAAUUUUCUCCGAUUCCUUUCCCUCCAUUGUCUUACAAGCAUGAUACAAAGCUACUUAUCCUUGCCCUGGAAAGGUUGAAGGAGUCCUAUAGUGUGGCUGUUAGGUUGAACCAGCUGCAAAGAGAAGAAUUGGGUUUGAUUGAGCAGGCCUAUGAUAACCCCCACGAGGCUUUGUCCCGUAUAAAACGUCAUUUGCUUACACAACGUGCCUUUAAAGAAGUUGGCAUUGAGUUCAUGGAUUUGUAUAGCUAUCUGAUUCCUGUUUAUGAGAUUGAGCCUCUUGAGAAGAUCACUGAUGCGUAUUUGGACCAGUACCUGUGGUACGAGGGUGAUAAACGCCACCUUUUCCCGAACUGGAUUAAGCCGGCUGACUCAGAACCACCACCAUUGUUGGUGUACAAAUGGUGUCAGGGGAUAAACAACUUACAAGGGAUAUGGGACACUAGUGAGGGACAGUGCGUGGUCAUGCUGCAGACCAAGUUCGAGAAGUUUUUUGAAAAGAUCGAUCUAACCAUGCUGAACAGGCUUCUGCGUUUGGUUCUUGACCAUAAUAUUGCUGAUUAUGUCACUGCAAAGAAUAAUGUUGUAUUAUCAUACAAAGAUAUGAGUCAUACAAACUCUUAUGGGCUCAUACGUGGUCUGCAGUUUGCUUCAUUUGUUGUGCAGUACUAUGGGCUUGUUUUGGAUCUUCUGCUUCUUGGAUUGACUCGCGCUAGUGAGAUAGCUGGACCACCGCAUAUGCCGAACGAGUUUAUUACUUAUCAUGAUACCAGAGUGGAAACACGGCAUCCAAUUCGGCUGUACUCAAGAUAUAUUGAUAAAGUGCAUAUAUUAUUCCGUUUCACUCAUGAAGAGGCUAGGGAUCUUAUCCAGCGGUAUCUUACGGAACAUCCAGAUCCCAAUAAUGAAAAUAUGGUUGGUUAUAACAAUAAGAAAUGCUGGCCGAGAGAUGCCAGAAUGCGGCUCAUGAAGCAUGAUGUGAAUCUUGGAAGAAGUGUUUUUUGGGAUAUGAAAAACCGUCUUCCACGGAGUAUUACCACCCUCGAAUGGGAGAACAGCUUUGUGUCUGUGUACAGCAAAGAUAAUCCAAACUUGCUUUUCAGCAUGUGUGGUUUUGAAGUGCGUAUAUUGCCCAAGAUAAGAACGACCCAGGAAGCUUUUAGCAACACAAAAGACGGAGUUUGGAAUUUGCAGAAUGAGCAGACAAAAGAACGUACUGCUGUUGCUUUCUUAAGGGUAGAUGAUGAACACAUGAAGGUAUUUGAGAACCGAGUGAGGCAAAUUCUCAUGUCCUCAGGUUCAACAACUUUCACAAAGAUUGUUAACAAGUGGAAUACGGCGCUUAUAGGACUCAUGACAUAUUUCCGUGAAGCAACUGUGCACACACAAGAAUUGCUGGAUCUGCUAGUAAAAUGUGAAAAUAAGAUCCAGACUCGUAUUAAGAUUGGGUUGAACUCAAAGAUGCCUAGCAGGUUUCCCCCAGUUAUCUUCUACACACCUAAAGAAAUUGGAGGGCUUGGAAUGUUGUCUAUGGGCCAUAUCUUGAUUCCCCAGAGUGACCUUCGGUAUAGUAAGCAGACUGAUGUUGGGCCAUGGGAGAGUGAGUUCAUUGAUUCUCAGCGUGUGUGGGCUGAAUAUGCUUUGAAGAGGCAGGAAGCACAGGCCCAGAAUCGGCGAUUAACCUUGGAGGAUUUGGAAGAUUCAUGGGAUCGUGGGAUUCCUCGGAUCAACACCUUGUUUCAGAAAGAUCGCCACACUCUUGCAUAUGACAAAGGAUGGCGAGUAAGAACAGACUUUAAGCAGUAUCAGGUACUGAAGCAGAAUCCAUUCUGGUGGACGCACCAGAGGCAUGAUGGGAAAUUGUGGAACUUGAACAAUUACAGAACUGAUGUUAUUCAGGCUCUGGGUGGAGUCGAAGGAAUCCUUGAACACACUUUGUUCAAGGGAACAUACUUCCCAACGUGGGAGGGUCUUUUCUGGGAGAAGGCUUCAGGAUUUGAGGAGUCCAUGAAGUAUAAGAAAUUAACCAACGCACAACGGUCUGGACUUAACCAAAUUCCUAACAGGAGGUUUACGCUUUGGUGGUCGCCUACUAUAAACAGAGCGAAUGUAUAUGUUGGUUUCCAAGUACAGCUGGAUCUCACGGGGAUUUUCAUGCAUGGAAAGAUACCAACUCUAAAGAUAUCUCUAAUUCAGAUAUUCCGUGCCCACUUGUGGCAGAAGAUACAUGAAAGUGUGGUGAUGGAUCUUUGCCAGGUUUUGGAUCAAGAGCUGGAUGCUCUAGAGAUCGAGACCGUACAGAAAGAAACUAUCCACCCUCGAAAGAGUUACAAAAUGAACAGCUCAUGUGCUGAUAUACUACUCUUUGCUGCCCAUAGAUGGCCCAUGUCAAAGCCUAGUCUUGUUGCUGAGUCAAAGGAUGUGUUUGACCAGAAGGCUAGUAAUAAAUAUUGGAUAGACGUGCAGCUAAGGUGGGGUGAUUAUGAUUCCCAUGACAUUGAGCGGUACACCAGGGCGAAGUUUAUGGACUAUACGACGGACAAUAUGUCGAUAUAUCCAUCGCCAACUGGGGUUAUGAUUGGACUUGAUUUAGCUUAUAAUCUGCAUUCUGCAUUUGGAAAUUGGUUCCCUGGGUCUAACCCACUGAUUGCUCAGGCCAUGAACAAGAUCAUGAAGUCCAAUCCGGCGUUGUAUGUUCUGAGAGAACGUAUUAGGAAAGGGCUGCAAUUGUAUUCUUCAGAACCUACAGAACCUUACCUGUCAUCUCAAAAUUAUGGGGAGAUAUUCAGCAAUCAGAUAAUCUGGUUUGUGGAUGACACGAAUGUGUAUCGUGUCACGAUACACAAGACGUUCGAGGGAAAUCUGACAACAAAACCUAUCAAUGGUGCCAUUUUCAUAUUCAACCCUAGAACUGGCCAACUAUUUCUGAAGGUCAUUCACACGAGUGUAUGGGCUGGGCAAAAGCGUCUUGGUCAGCUGGCCAAGUGGAAAACUGCUGAAGAAGUUGCUGCCCUAGUCCGAUCCUUGCCUGUUGAAGAGCAGCCGAAACAAAUAAUUGUGACACGGAAAGGAAUGUUGGAUCCUCUUGAAGUCCACUUGCUCGAUUUCCCAAAUAUUGUCAUCAAAGGAAGUGAGCUGCAACUGCCGUUCCAAGCCUGCUUGAAGAUUGAGAAAUUUGGUGAUCUGAUCCUGAAGGCCACAGAGCCCCAGAUGGUCUUGUUCAACAUAUAUGACGACUGGUUGAAGACUAUCUCAUCAUACACAGCUUUUUCCAGGCUGAUAUUGAUUUUGCGAGCUCUUCAUGUGAACAAUGAGAAGGCAAAGAUGUUGCUGAAGCCUGACAAGACUAUCAUCACCGAGCCCCACCAUAUCUGGCCGUCUUUAUCAGAUGACCAGUGGACAAAGGUUGAAGUUGCCCUAAGAGAUCUGAUCCUUUCUGACUAUGCCAAGAAGAACAACGUGAACACGUCGGCAUUGACCCAAUCAGAAAUCCGUGAUAUAAUUCUUGGAGCAGAGAUCACUCCGCCUUCACAACAGCGACAACAAAUUGCGGAAAUUGAGAAACAGGCAAUUUAUCUAUUUUCUGCGGCAUAUCCUUACGAACAGGCCGCGUUCGGGUCGAAAACUGACUGGCGUGUCCGAGCUAUAUCAGCCACCAAUCUCCAUCUUCGUGUCAAUCACAUAUACGUGAACUCGGAGGACAUUAAGGAAACGGGGUAUACUUACAUCAUGCCCAAGAAUAUAUUGAAGAAGUUCAUAUGCAUUGCUGACCUGCGCACUCAGAUUGCUGGUUACCUUUAUGGAGUAAGUCCUCCGGACAAUCCCCAGGUGAAGGAGAUCCGCUGUAUCGCCAUGCCGCCACAGUGGGGUACGCACCAGCAGGUUAAUCUACCAUUGGCACUUCCUGAGCACGAUUUCCUGAAUGACUUGGAGCCUUUAGGAUGGUUGCACACACAGCCAAACGAGCUUCCUCAGCUGUCACCACAGGAUCUUGUGAGCCAUGCUAGUAUCUUGGCAAACAACAGACAAUGGGAUGGAGAGAAAUGCAUAAUUCUGACAUGCAGUUUCACUCCUGGUUCUUGCUCAUUAACUGCAUACAAGCUAACUCCAUCAGGGUAUGAAUGGGGUAAGAGUAAUAAGGAUGCACCUGCCAAUCCACACGGUUAUCUGCCUACUUACUAUGAGAAAGUUCAGAUGCUUUUGAGCGACCGUUUUCUCGGUUUCUACAUGAUACCUGACAAUCGUCCUUGGAAUUACAACUUUAUGGGCGUAAAACAUGCUCCAGGCAUGACAUACGGGUUGAAGCUUGGCACACCCCAUGAAUACUACCAUGAGGAACACCGGCCCACCCAUUUCUUGGAGUUCAGCAACCUUGAGGAAGGUGCCACUGCAGAGGGUGAUAGAGAAGAUGCCUUCACUUGAUUUUUGUCCCAAGAUGCAUUUGCUCGUUUUUGUCUUGAUGAGAAAAAAUUGCAGGGUUUUCUCGUUUUGUAGAUAUGUAUCCAAUGAUGUGUAAGAGUUGCCAUGUUCCUUUUGCGAAGUCGAGAAUUGUACCUUUUGUAGUUUACAUCAAUGCUAUAUAACUGAACUGCGUCUUUGUGGAUAUCAUUUUGUGCCCACGAAUUAGUGUUGGUACUAUUCGGCAGGGUUUUACUUGCGUGGAUGUGUUGUGAGUUUUUGGAUUCUUCAAAAGUGUUGUUCCACGUAGAAGUAUCAGUGGAGAUACUAAUAAAAAUAUAAUAUGCACGUAUUGAACAGCUAAUAUGUUUUGGCAACAGUUGAUUUCGAAGAAAA